CAAUUCAUUAAAGUAUGCAUCGUUCCUUAUCCUUCCAAUCUGGCAUGCUAUAAGAGUCCAAGAGAGGAAGUCUUGCUCUUCUCAUGAGGAGCAAGCCUGAAGAGAUUUGGAGUCCGGAGAGCAACAUGGAAGAAGGUAGGAGGUGGGAGGACCUGGCGAUGGACUGUUUGGUAAAUGUCUUCUCAAGGCUAAAUUUGGAGGACCUGACGCUCGGUGUCCCCUUUGUGUGCAAGUCAUGGCACAAAGCUUCCUUAGAUCCCCAGUGCUGGAAAAUCCUCAACUUCCGAGCAUUAGACCUCAUGCCAUGGGGCAGUUUCAGCAAGAGAUUUGCACAGGCGUACCACAUAAAGAGCUUCUCCUUCUCCAGCUUCAUGAAACUUGCCACUGCUCGCAGUCGUCGAUCGGCGAUCGAUCUCUCUUUGCCUAGUACUGCUUUCAUUGCAUCACUACCGGACUUGAUCUAUGCAUCUAAUGAGUGUCCCAGAGUGAAGUUGCUCGCUUUGCCUGAUGUAUUGCAGACAUAUGCAAAGCGUAUUCCUGAAAUCAUAGGGAGAUGGAAGGAACUUGAGUUUUUGGAUAUGGGACUAAAGCCGCCUUCUUUUGAGCCCAUACUUGAGCAAAUUAGCCUCCACUGCAAGAGCUUUGUGGGGCUUCAGAUGUAUGGAUGCUUAUAUAGAGAGGAUGCUUUGGCCAUUGUUACACACCUACCAAAGCUCAAAUACUUGGCAAUGAAAGGAUCGUAUCUGAGCAAGCAAGAGCUGCUGGUGAUCUUGGAUGGGUGUAGAGAACUGGAGGAGCUGGAUGUGACAAGGUGCAGGGGUUUCGAUGUCGAUGAUGAAGUCUUGAGGAAGGCUUCUGGAAUCAAAGCAUUUGAGUACAAAGGUUCCAAGUUUCAUGAUGACUAUGAUGAGUAUGAGGAUGUCCUCUGGGGACUGGUUUUGGAAGUCCAUAGAUUCCAUCAAUCAUGAGAAAUUUAUAUGAUCAGUCUAUGUUUCGUCGAGAAACUAAUUGUUUCUCUCAAAAUAUUGAGCUCGUUGUUGGUUACCAUGCAUCUUACCAUGCUUUAAAAAGUUGUGGUCAGUGAGCUCCUCGAGAUGCUUUAAUUUAUUCACCAUGUAAAGCAAAGUUCUGUACAUGGCAAUCUAAUUAGAUUUCUUCGUGCC